CAUCAAUCAGCAGCAGCACGCAGAACUGGGCAAGAUGGCGGCCGGUUCAGGCGCUGCAAGCGGCCAGGCAGCCCGCAGCUCCACCGCUUCUCUGGAAGCCACUUUAGACCGCCGCUUUCAAGGAGUAUCCAACACUAUGGAGUCGAUACAGAGCCUCUCGGCUUGGUGCAUUGAAAACAAGAAACACCACGGCCUCAUUGUUCGCUACUGGAUGAAGUGGCUCAAGAAAUCCGACCACAAUCAUCGGCUGAAUCUUUUCUACCUUGCCAACGAUGUGAUCCAGAACUGCAAAAGAAAGAACGCCAUUGUGUUUCGUUCGGCCUUCUCCGAUGUUCUUCCAAAUGCUGCCCUCCUCAUCAAAGAUGGAAAAGUCCGCAAAUCGGUUGAGAGGAUCUUUACCAUUUGGGAGGAGCGGAACGUGUAUCCUGAGGAGGUGAUAUCCCAGUUUAAGGCCGGCUUGCACAAAAAGGAAAAGGAGCGAGAGAAGCAAAAGGAAAAGGAAAAGGAAAAAGAAAAGGAAAAGCAGAAAGAAAAGGAAACUCCAUCAGCAAAUGCUCCUUCCAGCACCAAAGCUGCCAGCACUAAAGCUCCAAGCACUAAAGCUGCGCUCAAGUCCAAGAUUGUUGCAGAGUUUACACCCCACUCCCUUAUCGAGCAGCUGACGAGGUACCAGCAAGCUGCUGCCGAGGAGCAGAUCAGAGAGAAACGGCUUGAAACCCUCAGGGUGGAUGUCUGCAGCUCGGAGGCCUUCAAAAGACUCAAAGACAAAGCAGGAGGAAAUAAGUUUGCAAAGGACUUUGAAGAAGGCAGUCUGAAGCUGGAGGAGUUUGUGGGCUUCCUAGAGAAAGAGCUCAAAACUGGACCUCCUCUGCUGGAAGCUCUGGGAAAUGCAGACAUCUUCUAUGAGAUGCAAUACAAGGAGGUUAAGAUCGUGGCUAACGCGUACAAUGCCUUCGCCAACCGAGUAAAUGGCCUCAAAAAGAAACUGGACUCUCUCAAGGCAACGCUGUCUGGCCCUGAGGACUCUCCCAUCCCCUCUCCCUCUGAAGAUGCUCCCUCACCCACUGGCUCCGACUCGCCCUUCCUGGAAAUGGAGACGUCCCGGGCCAAGGUGGAUCCGGAGCUGGACGGCAAGGCCAUGGAUGACGGAGAACCCCAAAAUGACAACAGAGACAUGGAGGACAUGGACAUGUCUGAUGAGGAGGCCAGCACUGUUGCUGCUUCGCAGGAUGGAAAGGAAGACGAGGAAUCCACGGCUGUCUCCAAGACGAAGUCAGACGCAGCAUCCAAACCCCCCAGCACGCCUACGAGGCCUUCAAAGGCCAGCCCGUCAGCUGUUACCACCGCAGCCCCAGUGACACCAACGUCGGCUAAAGCCACCGCCGCCCCCACCGCCCCUCUGGGAGUCAAUCUGGCCAAGGUGGACCUGGGAAAGAUCAGCUCCAUUCUCAACUCGCUUACCUCGGCCAUGAAGCACACGGCUCCUACUCCGUCUCCUCGGCCAUCUCCCGGGACCCCCACCACCCCCACCGGCCAAUCAGCAGCCUCCAAAGGGACCCCGCCAAGUCCCGCUUUGGCCAGCAUCCUGUCGCGUGUUGACAUCACCCCUGAAGGGAUACUAAACGCUCUGUCUAAAACCAACACACAAGGUUUGUCAUCUCUCCUUCAAAGUGUGACUCACACCUCCUCCGCUCCCACCAACCGAACCUCCCCAGACUCAUCAGGUGUCAAAACCCCAGUGACCCCGACCACACCGAAGACCAAACCCGUUCUGGGGAAUAGCCUCAAACAAGACGAGCCUGGAAGACCCAGAGACUGGGAGAAGGAGAGGCAGCUCUCUCCUCCCCCGCCUCCACCCCCUCCUCGCACUUCAGCUCCCUCUGUCUCUCCCCCCAGUUUAGAAUCAAAGAUCAACAGUUUCCUGCAGGGUAACCCAGGGUUUAGCCUGGCGCUGGGCGACGCCAGCCCCGACGGGGUCGACGGCACCCCGGUGAGGGACGAGGCAGCCGGCACGCCGACGCAGGACGAGAUCAUGGACACGCCCGGAGCCGGGCCGGAGUCUCUGGGCUCGUCUGGCGGCCAUAACCUCUCGCCGACGGCCUACCGCAACGAUCCGUGGGACGCGGCCGUCGCCACAUCCGGAAGCAACAAAGACGGAGACUUUCACGGCUCCUCGUCCUCCUCCAGGUUUGGUGCAGGAAAAAAGAGCAGCGGCAAAGUGAACGACGAGGGGGCGACGAGGAAGCAGGUGUCGUCUUCCCCUGGCAAUGACUUGAAGGGUAGGAACAGCAGGGCCGCGGGGGAGCGCAGACCCUCCGCCGGCACCAGGAGGGCGAGCACGGGGUCCGACGAUGGGGGUCUAGGUGGGAAAAAGGACAACGGGAAAGAGUUGCCAGCUGCCGAUGCGAAGGAAGGUCGGUACCAUCGCAUUGAGACGCUGGUGUCGCCCCACACUGAAGGCGCACCGAUCCAAACUGUGGGGUAUUCAAACCGCCCGCCUGCCGGAGAGCGCAUCAAGACAGUCGAGAGCAUCCGCGUGAUUGGUCGAGGCUCUCGGCGAGGGGGAGGGGCCGGGAAUCGGCCUGGGGCUUCGAUGUGGUUUGAAGAGGAGGAGUACAUGGAGGGUCAGCCUCCAUCACCUCGAGUUAUGCCUCCUCCUAUUAACAUGGGUCAGGGAGGCGCUGAAGACAUGAACCCCUCCAUGCUUCCUCCGCCGCCGCCUCCUCCUCCUCCUCCACACCACGUCCCACAUCUUCACCCCCCUCCGUCUCUUCCUCUCCCUCCUCAGACUCGCUUCCCGAUGCCGUACCUGACUGAAAACAUGCAGACUCCUCCUCCAUCGCUGCUCCAACCCCAUCUCCAUCCUUCAUCCCCCUUCUUCACCGCCGCGCCCCCCAUCCCCCGACUGCCGCCGCCGCCUUCACUGCACGGCAUUUCGCCUCCCCCUCCGCCCCCGCGCCCUGCCCUCCCCCACUCUGUGAUGGUGGGGGGAAUGCUGGUCCCCGUGGACCACGCCUUGUCUCUUCCUCCGUCAGUCAGACCUGAGGGUGCAGAGCGUGGCAGGAUGGGGCCCAGAGGAAGGAAGGUGACCCCACCUCCGCUCAUGUCCUCGCUGCUAGGCGAGCCUCCCAAGCUUCCCCGUCCCGGCACAGUUAAAGAGCCUUUAAUCCCUCGCCAUACACCCCCUCUCCACCGCCCAGGUACGCCUGGCGUUCCCCCUCCUUUACUUGGCAGAGUGAAGGAGCCUUUGAUUUUGCCUCUCCCCUCUCCCACAUCCUCCACCCCCUCCCCCUCCACGCCUAAUUCCCCCGCAGGAGACUCCGCUCUCUCCAAACCCCCGACCAGUCCUCCGGCGCAGACGCACAAACCGAGCGCCAACCCCGUCCCCCUCCUCAACCUACCCGCUCCCCGAACCCCCAUCCUGCCCACACCCAUGCAGCAGAGACCCCCGCUGCGAGGCCGAAGCCCGUCUCAAGACCACCCCAGAGGCGCGUUUCACGGAGGGAAGCGGGCGGGGCCCCCGUUCCGAGGCGGCCCCUUCCACGCUCAGAAGAGGCCUUACCUGCCGCCGCGCUACUGAAGGGGGUUGACUGACGAGCUGAAUGAGAAGUGGCAAGCCACGCGUCUAAAAGUGCAGUGUGUGUUAGCCCUGCUGGUAUGAGCCCAGAUAUCUUUCCUCUGUUACUUAGGUUGAAGGAAACUACCUUAGGCUGUGUGUAAAUAGCUGAUAAAGUCUUGAUGCUUCGGCUUUAGCGGCCUCUCGUUUCACACUGUACUCAGAGGUUACAUAGUGCACAGUGUUGUCUGCUAUCUUUUUUUUAUUUUAUUUUUUCUCCCACACAUCAGACGCUUUACCUUGAUGGCAUGACCACAAGAAUAAAACGACAAGAUAGUUGAAGCAGAAAUUAAAGCAUAGUUUUCCCGUCUCUUUUGAUUCUGGGGUGACUUCACCUGAGAUGUCCAGAGAAAAAAAAUGCAAGAGGGACCCUAAAAUCAGUAGCUCUGCUCAGGCUUACACAUAAAUAUUACCUCCCAUACUGGCCAACGUGUUUGGAAGCUUAGUAUAAAAAAUGAGGGGGGAAAAAAACAGCUUUCUCUGAAGAUGAAGAAAAUAAUUCCCAGUAUAGUGCUCAUAUAAGAAGAAAAGUACAGAAGAAAAUAAGCUAUUUAGUGCAUUUAAACUUGAGCGGGCUUGUUGCUUGCUUCUGUUUUUUUUAACUCUUUAUGUCUGGCUUCAUACGAAAAGGAAAAACAACACGUUCUCAGCCUCAGUGGGAAUCGUCACGUUUCCCGAAAUGUUUAGAAGUUGUUCACCUGGAAACAUGACAGCAAACCGUUCUCCAAAUUAAUCUCUUUUUAAAGGCGUACAGAAUCCUCCACACUUAACGGCACCGUGCGGUAAAGAUGUGUAAAAAAAAAUUGUUAAGCUGUCGCAGCAUAAUCUCACUGAAAUUUGAAUUAGAUGGUUAUUUUUUUUGCUUAGCCCCUCUUCAAAAUGGGGAAGACGAGAGAACGUGCAUGUAAGGGCAGCUAGAAAAUACCGACUCUUCCAAACUCGCCCGUGUCUACAGUCAGAAUAAAAUAAAUAAAACUGGAACAGGGAAGAUGCAGUUCAACUCAUUUUAAGGCUUUUGCACACAUCUUAAGCGGCGGUGCCAAUAACUGGUGGGAUCUGUACGCUGCAAAGCAAAAACUGGUGUUUUCACAUUUUGAAGUGAUCUUUAGCGCUUGUUCUGAUUUCCGGAGUACCUGCUGUACAUAUUCUUCUCUUGCUAAACCUUUUUGCAUCUAUCUAUUCCUCCCACUGUACAUUUCUACGCUUGUAAAUAUAAAGAGUGACUGAGUUGA